AACACCGGCCCGUAGAGCACGACAAUCGCUACGGUUCGCCGUUCAGUUUUUAGUCUUCACCAUUCAGUCAUUUCAGUCGCGUCACGUUAGCCGCACGCACAACACGCGCUGUUCGUCCGCUCUCUCGCUCGUUAUCUCAGUUUUACUACGCGGAUCGCUGCCGAAAACCUGUCUACCCGCGACAUCGGUCGCCACUCGUCUCAUUAUAAUAUACGGACAUUAUCCAUACGUUUUCCGACAUGGGCCGAAGCCUUGCACUGUGGACGAAGACACUGAGCUUCCCGUCCCGAAACUCGCCCAACAAGUCUUCCAAGCACAGCAUUACCACGUCUAUUAACACGUCGUCGUGCACCAUUUUCGCGCCGGCCACAACGCCAACUAAAGAUAACCACACUCCCGCAUCCACACCAGACGUCUCAGAUUGUGAAAAAGACAAGGAUAUUAUGGGAUCUGUUGUCUAUUGCAUUCACCACAAAGAAGGUUGUAAAUGGAGUGAUCAACUAAGGCGUCUAAAAGGACACUUGCAAACAUGUAAAUAUGAUGCGUUACCUUGUACAAACCACUGUGGAGCUCAAAUUGCCAGAAUUUUAAUGGAUGAUCAUGUGAGGUAUACAUGUAUUGAACGUGUCAUCAAGUGUGAAUACUGUAAUGGUGAAAUGAAGGGAGAAGCAGCAGGUGAAGAGCAUAGUAGAACAUGUCCAGUAGAGCCAAUCCAUUGUGAAGCUAAAUGUGGUGUAAAAAUUCCAAGACGAAUGUUGGCCAAACAUAAGGUCACUGAAUGUUCAAAAAGAUUAGUACCAUGUCGCCAUUGUGGACGGCAAUUUGUAGCUGACACUAUUAACUCACAUACAACAUCAUGCCCACGUUUCCCUCUAACUUGUCCCAAUAGAUGUGAAAUUGUCACUGUAGCACGUGAAGAUUUAGAACAUCAUAUUAAACAUGCAUGUCACUCAAUGUUAAUAUCUUGUAGCUUCAAAGAAGUUGGUUGCCGAUUCAAGAGUUUAAGAGGAAAGCAAAUGGACACACACAUGGAAGAAGCAAGCCAACAACAUUUAACAUUAAUGUGUUCAAUGGUCACUAAACAACAACAACAAAUUGUAUCAAUGAAAAAAGUGAUAAAUAACUUAGCUGUUAAUCAGUCUGGUACGCUGAUUUGGAAAAUCAGCGAUGUACUGGAAAAACUUGAAGAGGGUCGACACAAAUUAUGUGGUGAUGGUCUAGAACUCAUCAGUUCGCCGUUCUACACCAGCCAAUUUGGGUAUAAGUUGCAAGCAUCGGUGUUUUUGAACGGCAACGGAUCUGGUGAAAACACACAUGUAUCUGUUUAUAUAAAAAUACUACCUGGUGAAUUUGAUGCUCUAUUGAAAUGGUCAUUUUCACAUACUGUGUCAUUCACUUUAUUUGACCAAAGUGAGAAGCCAUGCAACAUAGUUGAGAGUUUUGUGCCUGAUCCAUCAUGGGAGAAUUUUCAACGACCAAGCACACAGCCAGAUAGCCUUGGAUUUGGUUUUCCUAAAUUUGUGUCACACGAAACCCUACUAAAAAAAAGACAAUUCAUUAAAGAUGAUACAAUAUUUCUACGCAUUAAAGUAGAUCCCAGUAAAAUAGUAGCAGUUUAAAAAUAUUUUAAGCUUAUAUUUAUAAAGUAUAUAUAGUAUGAUCUCGUAAAAUGUAUAUAAAAAAUAAGUGUUCAUAUUUAAUUUUUUUUUGUAGCUAUUUUAUCACAUUGAUUAUGUAUAAAAUGUGACUGCUUGUGUUAAUUCUUAAACUGAUUAAGUCAAUUGAUUAACUUAAUUUCUUAUUUUAUUUAUUCAUUUUUUCUUUUUAUUAAAGGAAUGUUAUACCAAAUUAUUUUUAUUAAUUAUCUCGUAAUUAUUAUAUUAUACACUAUACUAUUUUGUUAUUCACAUUAAACCUAUUUACUUUUAAGUAUUAUGUAAUUAAGUGUUUGAAAUAAAUUAUAAAAAACUUGCAUUAUAUAAAUCUAUUCUUAAAGAAUUGAAAAACUUGGUAUGAAUUGUUUCUAUUGCCAUCCAGGUGUAACAUGUCUAGAAAAAUUGAAUUGUCUGUUUUUCUUAGAACUAGAGUAGCUGAAAAUAAUCGUUUGGCAUUCACUGUUGUCUCUAAAUGCUGAUCAACUUUUUCUUCAUCAGAUUCAAUGUGUAAACAAUUAUCAUUUGUUUUUUGACGUUUGCUGUCAGCUAAUCUUUUUUCCAUACGUC